AUGGCUGUAGAAAGGGAGGAGAAUGAGCUUAGCGAGGCAUUUAGAGGGCUGUUUGCAACAGUGAGAGGGGAACUGGCAACAAUGAGGGAGGAGCUGGCAGUAGUGAAGGGGGAGGUGGCGGCAGCAGUGGCGGAGAAGGCGGCACAGGAGAGUGAACGAGGGUUGUUGUUCAGAGCAGCUGCCGCUUGUCCCCUACCCCACCUGCCUUACAGUCUGACUAUCAGCUUUACAGAACCUAUCUUUCCUGCCACAACCCCCCUCCCUCCUCUAUUCCUGCUCCCUGAAUUCAUCCUCUCCUCCUGCUACACCUCACUGUGCAGGCGCACGCCCUGCAUUGGGCUCGCCCCAUCAGUCAUGGCUCGGAUGAAUGCAGUGGCCAUGCAGCUGCCACCGCUGCUGCUCGCCCUCCUUCUUGCCACUGCCAUCAGCAUCACACCAAUUGGCAGGCAGGGACGCUUCCUGUCAUAUGCCCGCGUAUUUCCUAAACCUCACAUGUCCGCAUUGUUGCAAUGUUUUGAUGGGGUAUGCAUUCUCAUCAUUGGAUGUUAUCAUCAGCAGCUGCCCUCACAGCUCUCCUGCUGCCCUCACAUCUCUCCUGCUGCCCUCACAGCUCUCCUGCUGCUCUCACAGCUCUCCUGCUGCCCUCACAGCUCUCUUGCUGCACUCACAGCUCUCCUGCUGCCCUCACAGCUCUCCUGCUGCCCUCACAGCUCUCCUGCUGCCCUCACAGCUCUCCUGCUGCCCUCACAGCUCUCCUGCUGCCCUCACAGCUCUCCUGCUGCCCUCACAGCUCUCCUGCUGCCCUCACAGCUCUCCGUCUGCGUAAAGGUGAAAGCUCAAAGCUCAGUUCCACUACUCUUGACUUCCUCAUCCUCUUAA